CCAAAAAGUGUUGUUUUGUGACAAACGUGGAUAUAACUCCUGACAAAUCAUGUUUUCAAAUUGAGUGGAAAACUGAAAGCAAUUUAAUUCCAGUGGAAAACAAAGAAUUGAUUAGUCAUGGCUGCAAAAAUCUUUUUGGGAAUUUGGAACAAAACUCAACUGCGAACGAUAAAGAUUGAAAAUGUUGAUUUGGAAGGAAAAGUUGACAACAUAAAGUGUGAGGCCCUGAAAUUACUGGAGAAAUCACCGUUAGACAUAGCUUUGUCGUUUAAUGGAAUGCUUCUGCUAGCUCAACACACUCUGUCCUCAUACGGAAUAUCUUCCGGAUCAAUUAUUCAUGUUCUCGAGACACCAUAUCUCCUUGAUGAUGAUUAUUCCUAUGAAGAACUGAUGCAACCGACGGAAGUUGUGGCAGCAUUCAGAUCACUUAUUACGUCCUCUGGCUAUAGAAGUACCCUACAGAGAAUAUUCAGAAAAGAAGUCCUCGACAAGAUCGUAAUGGAGAAUCCGUUACUAGCUGAAGAACCGAGGUUCAUGGCCUUUCUCCAAGACCCAGAACUGCUGGUACACCUCGGGGACCCUGUCUGGAGCGACAAGUUGAUGGUGAGAUUCCCGUUCCUACCCCAAGUGACUGCUAGCAUAAUGUCAAUCAUCAAGGAAGAUCAAAAAACCUCCACCCCAAACCAACCCAGCACCAGCACCGGGUACUCCUACUCGUUACAGGCCCUCUCCGACGACGAUGACGAAGACGAGAUGGACUCGAGCUCCGAUAGCAAUAUGUCGCAGCAUCCCAUCACGCGCAACUCUUCGUACAACGCCAUAACGGCUGCGCAGCUCGCGGCAGCUAUUGCUAACGCCACCAACACGCAGUUCAACAGCGCUAGCGCAGGCACCCCCGCCGGAGGGCCCAGCACCCCUGGAGGCAGCAACGUGAUCACGACGGAGAUGUUCUCUAAUGCCAUCCAGCAGGCGUUCGCCCUGGGAGGUGGUAGCAACGGAUCUUCUGGUUCGUCCGCUCCUGCUGCUAGAAGCGACGAUGAAAGCAUAGAGAACUUGUCGAGAGUGUGGCACGUGCAGUUGCAGCAGAUGCACGAGAUGGGGCUGCUGGAUGACGUCAGGAAUAUACAGGCGUUGAAGGUCACCAAUGGCGAUGUCAAUGCUGCCAUCGAGUUUGUUCUAACAAUGUGAUAUUUUUUUGUUUUUUUUUUAAAUUAAAUUAGGUUGCUUAUAGAAAGUG